GGCAAUUCCUUCUUCCAUCAGACAAAACCCAGCACAAGGGCAUCCAGCCCUUGGGAAUACCCCGGGUAGCUUUCUGGGAACUGGGAGCUGUGAUGGCGUGGGAAGCUGGGUUGCACAAUGUCCCUUCCGCUGUGACACCCUUUAAAGCCGCGCUCGUCCCGCCGUGCCCCUCCAGCCUGCGGAGGCAGCCGAGGUCAGCGAAGCACGAGCAGGUGACAGACCUUUCUUUCUCCUGGUGAGCAGAAGAGAUCCUUCCUUGGGGGCCCUGCUGGAGAGAGCCUGAAGAGGACGGGAGAGUGGCUGCAGCUGGAUUCUGGGGCAGAAGGCGUGGAAGAGCUGCAUCUGCUGAUCUCCAAGCAGUGCCUGAGGCUUCCCUGCACCAGACACUGCCAGCCCACAUUCCCCGUGGCCAAGCCCUUUGCUGCAAGCAUGGACAUCGUGGAGAGGGUCCUCUCUGUGGCCCAGGCCAUCCAUGCCCAAUUCGAGCAGGUGAAGUGCUGUAAGCACCAGUGCCAGCGCCUCGUGGAGCGCAUCCAGAUUCUGCUGGAGCCCGUGAGGAUCCUUAGGGCUCAGCCACGACAGCACAUCUCCCACCACGAAGAGGAACUGAUGAAAAAGCUGCUCCGGGCACUGGAGGAAGCCCAGAAACUGGUGAUGAAAUACAGCCAGACCAGCUGGAUCCAGAAGUUCCUGCGAGCCCGAAGUACUGGUGAGGAGUUUGUCUGGGUGAACGAAAGCCUGGAGGACAUUGCCCAGGGGCUCUCGCUCCUGCUGCAGGCAGAGCAGAAGCAGGCUUUCCUGGAAGCUUUCCAGUCAAAGACGUGUCGCAGGCAGGAUGCUGAGGACCUGAAGGAUGACAGAGCUUUCUUGGACCAGGUGAUUGCAAGUACUGAGGAGCCCAAAGAUGUUCUUGAGGAGAUCUACAUUGACAGGGAGUGUAUGGAGAGCAAGAUGGACUGGAUGAAAAGCGAGCUGAACAAAGUCAUUCGCGAGAUGGAGCGCUUGAAGAAGGUCAACGUUGGUAAAAGAGAAGACAUCACUGAGAUCAAGCGAGACCAGCUCACUUUCCACAGGCACCUGCAGGACACAGAGAGCUACGACCUUUACGAGGGCGAGUACCUCAAGUACCCUGUUGCCAUCAAAACCUUCAAGAGGCCACUGACCACUGACCCAGUCAAGGUGAGAGACAUCUUUGAGAAGGAGAUUCAGACCCUGAAGAAGUUUGAGUCUCCAAACAUCCUUCGCAUGUACGGGAUCUGCAUUGAGGAGAACGAUGGGAGCCCCUGCUUCUCCAUCGUCAUGGAGUACUGCAAGCACGGGACACUGCGGGACGUGCUGAGCAAGCAGCAGCAUCUUCCCUGGGAUAUCCGCAUUCGGAUGGCCCUGGGAGCUGCCAGAGGCCUUUACAGGUUGCACCAGACAGGGGAGAAGUCCCGACUCCACGGCUGCAUCUGCAGCAGCAAGUUCCUGGUGGCUGGGGAUUACUGUGUGAAGCUGUCAGGAUUUGAGCUGUGUGAAACAGAAUCAUCCAUCAAGAGGAAAGCCAAGAAGGACUGGAAACAAGUCUCUAUGUUGGCCUACAUCGCUCCAGAGAACCUGAAAGACAUCAACUACCCUUACAAGAGGCCCUGUGAAAUAUACAGCUUUGGGAUCGUUCUGGCAGAGAUUGCAACCUCCAAAAUCCCAUUUGAAGGCUGCACUUCUGAGGAGAUAGUGGAGAAAAUCUGCAAUCACCAUUACUGGGACCCUCUUGGGGAAGACUGUCCAGAAGAUCUGAGGAAAAUCAUUGAGCAGUGCCGUGCCUUUGACCCUUCCCAGCGCCCUUCUGCCGAGGAGAUUGUGGACUCGCUGGCUGACCUGGAGAAAAGCAGAAACCAAGGAAGUUAACUGUGGAAAAGGGGGUGGGGUGACCAGGGGCAGCAAGCCCAGGGGUGCCACUGGCCCCUCUUUCCCCUGACAGAGACUGAUGGCUCAGUGCUCCUGUGCUUGUUUCUGUGUGUGACACAAGCACAGUGCUCCUGUUUGUUUCUGUGUGUGACACCAUCCCCUCGCCAAGGGGCCGUGCCCAGGUGGCCUUGGAGGCAGCUGGGGAGAGAGGUGACUUGAAGAGAGGCUGCCAAGAAGCCUAGGGGGACCAGAGGGAUGGAACAACCGAGGGAUGGAACACAGCUUCUUUUACGAGAAAAGACUGAAGGAGUUAAGCCUGUUCAGCCUCGAGAAGAGACAGCAGAGAGGGGACCCCACCAGUGCCCGUCCCUAUUGGGAGAGAGACUUCAGGGGAUGGACCAAGCUCUGCUGAGUGGCGCCCAGCCACGGGACAAGAGCCAAGGGGCAGAAAAUGAUACACAGGGAGUUCCACUCGAAUAUGAGGAAGAACUUCUUUACUGUUGGGUGAUCAUACACUGGAACAUUGCCCAGAGAAGGUGCGGGGUUUUCCUCGCUGGUGAUCCUCCAGAAACAUCUGGAUGCAAUGAUGUGAAAGUGCUCUAGGACAAUCCUGCUUGAGCAGGGAGGUGGGAGCACAUGACUCACCGCGCUCCCUUCCAACCUGACCCAUCCCGCCAUUCUCCUCAGCCCUGCCCACGGGGCGCCGGGGCCCGGCCACCCUGGGGCCACCUCCGGCUUCCCCUGGGCUUCCCCCGGUUCCCCCCAAAUCCUUUCCGGUUCCGCUCGGCUCAUCUCGGUGUUCUCCCUGGUUUUCCCCGCCUCCCCCGCAGCCUCCCCCGUCUUCCCCGGUUCCCCCCGCACUUGCCCACUUCCCCCCGGUUCUCCCGGGCUCACCCCGGCCUGCCCCGUCGCCAUGGCAACGCCCCACCCACCUCCCCCGGUUUGAAUGAACAUGUGUUCCCGCUCUUUUCGCCACGAGGUGUCUCCGCCAAUGAAAACUCGCUCCCCUGCUCUUGCCCUGCCCCCUAUGCCGUCAGAGGUCUCGUUGCCCAAUCAUCGGGCUUUCAUGGAGGCUCAUUGACCAAUCAGAACAUGCCGUACCUCCCUGC